AUGCGGACUAUUUAUGAAGAAUAUAAUAAGACACAGCUAGGCCCAACAAAAGGACUCGCUCUAGUCCGUCACGAUUCCCUAAAACGCGUCCAGGAAAAAUACAGGACUAACUCCCUGCCCUCUAUCUGCAAAUACGCAAGUCUUAUCACAAAAUUUGCGCCCCUCCCAAACUCAUGCUCGAUCUCGCCCGGCUCGCACAUUGCCCAGCCGAUUCUAGUUUUUCCAGACUCAGCAGAACGCGUUACAAGCAGGACCGACGUUCCGCCCACUGCGGCGGUCAAGCCGCAACACCGCCCGGUCGAGAGCCUGGCUGCCCAGCUGCAGAGACAAAAUAUCGCCGCGGAGGGAGCCACAGGAUAUAAACAGUUCAAAAACGAGUUCCAGAAUAUUGACCUCAAUGAUACCAGAUCUCCAAUUCCAGAGCCCUCACAGUUCAAGCAAGUCCGUCGCCAGGAAUUUGCAUCAAAGAAGGCUUUGUUCGAGGCUGUUCCAUCCAACUCAUCCUCCCAAAAAGUCCGGGAGUCGCUCCCUGGCCCAGGUCACAUUCGCGCAACCCGCGAAGCACUCUUCAAUUCCGCCGCUCAACCCUCUCAAUCUUCAGCCAGGCCCACUUCUGCCGAGCGAUUUCGCCGAGAUAUGCGCCUCGCUGCUGUUGAGGGCGCUGCUUUUCCCGAUCCGCCUGUUUCUACCGUUCCAAAAGCCACCCAUAUCGCUUCCAAACCUGCCCCGAGUUAUCAAUACCAACAAGCUGCAAAGGCAACUUCUCCGAUUCGAAGCCAAAGUGAAGUCGUUACACCUCUUCCUGGUCGAUUUGCCGCACCUCCUCCUCCACCAAUGACUCAGCAUGAACCAGUCAGGACACAAUCUGCGCCAGAGCAAGAUAUUUAUACAGAAAAUACGAUUUGCAUGAACAUGAAACCCGGCUCGAGCAGAGGCUUCGGCUUCCAAGUCCGGGGUGGUGGAGGUCCUGGAUCACCAAUUGUUGUUGACAGCAUCAAACCAGGUGGAGCAGCGCAUAUGUGCGAGCUUUCUGUAGGAGAUGAAGUAUUGCAAAUGAAUGGAAUGACUGUUGGAAAACUAAGUCAGGAUCAAAUUAUCGAACUGAUGGUGGAAGCAGUAAGAACUGGCUUGCUAAGAUUGCGCGUGAGGAGGAUCAACCAGCCGGCGCGAAAAAAAAAAGAUCCAGCACCAUCAAUGAGCCUUUCUUCCGGCGCAAAAAUGGUAGCAACAGAAGGCGGUUUCUAUCAGAUCAUGGCGGACAUCCCAAGAAAGAACUCCCUUCGUCCCCAGCCAACGCCAAGUCCAGCAGGCACACUUGAUUCUGGACACGAGUCUGCCAGAUCAAGUCCAACUCACAGUCCUAGAGGCAGAAUGCCCGGCGAGGAGGAAAGAUGGGCGCAAGAUUUGAACGAGUUUGAAAGUCUGGAAAGAAGUCCGCUUGGAGGAAACGGCUUUCCUGAGGGAAGGUCGUGGAAGAAUCCGUCCACCGCUCGAUCAAGGGAGGAUGAUGAUUUGGCAAGCGUUCUAGCGAUAGAACAAGAAGAGCUUGAACGAGAAAUCGAAGACCAAAUCAAGGAAGACAGCAACACUGGAUGCUGGAAGAAGCCGACAAACGAUUACGUCAUCAAUAUUAUGUGA